UCAAUUAGUUUACGUUUCGUAUCGCGACGAAUCAAAAGGACAUUCAAAGUCUCUCGGAAAUUUUAUUUUAAAGAUGAAAAUCUUUUUAUUUUUCAUUUUUCAAUUCGCUUCUUUUGUUUUUACUGAACAAAGACAGAAAUGCGAAGAAAUGCCUUCCGAAAAUGGAAGAAGAAUUUCAAUUGAUUCAGAAUCGUGUCUCUCUAGACAAGUAGCUAUACCGCCAUACCCUGUUGGACCAAUUGCAUGCCUAUUUGCUAAUGAAGAAUUUUAUUGUGCUCUUGGCGAAGAAAGAUGUGAUGCAGUUGUUCCAUGGUGCGGAACUGUGUCAGAAAAUCCACCUCCAUGUCAAUGGAAUUGCUGGUGUAAAGAAGGCUACAAGCGUGAUGAAAAUGGUGAAUGCAUUAGAAUGUGUCCUCUGAAUGAGGCUGUCGCAGAUGUUAUCGCUCCAUAAAGUAAAAUUAUGUAUUCGAUAAAUAUGUAAAAUCUUUCAAAUAAAUAAAAUGUUUCGCCACUUUAAAAAAUCAAAUUCAACUUUUCUUCAAUUUAACAUAA